AUGAACAAAAAGCUAGCAAAGAUGAACGACAUCAAUCAGACAUUGAACCAAUUGAUUAGUGAACUUUCUGAAGCAUCACCAAAUGAAAUGAAAGCAAUGAAGCUGGAAAUGGAAGCCAUGAAGGCUGAUAAAGUGAUGAAAGAUAAUCAGCUCAACAUGCUAUAUGCUGUCAUGGAAGGUCAUCUGAAAAUUGAUGUUCAUGCUGCUUUCAAUGAGAUGGAAGUGAAAAGAGCUAAAGAUCGCAGAAUCGAAAGGGAAAGGCGACUGGCUGAAGAAGCCACACAAAAGAACAACAGUGUUAUUGAGGAAACUCAAGAAGCUGGUGGUUCCUCAAGCCAAGUCGACGUUGAGAUGGUUGAUGCUGAAGCAGAUCCUCUGGGAUUCGUGCUGGUUAGUAAUUCUUCUGAAACUCUUGAUCUUAAUGAUAUCCUUCACCGAGUGCAUGUCUUGCAAAAGAAAAAGAAAGCAAGAGAAAUGUUGAUGUUGAAAUGGAAAGAUGAGGAAGAAGUAGAGGAAGAGAUACAUAAUUUUGUUCUUAUUGGGAAACCAUCCUCAGUACCUUAUAGCCUUAAAGAGAUUGUUCAUGAAGACGAAGAUGAAGACGAAAAUGAUAAGUUUGAUAAGAAAGAUGAUAAAGAUGAUGAUGAUGAUGAUGAUGAUGAUGAUCAGGGUGCUACCGGGCUAUUGAUAGUGAAUCCUAAUGUUGAGCAGAGAAUUGAAGAUUUUCUGAAUGACAAAAUCAACGAACAAGAGGAUGAUGAUCAUCAAGAAGCUUCUACAUCUGGCAAACAACAUACCGACCAGGUAUUUCUUACGCAACCGACUGUUAUAUUCUUGAAUGCUCCUGUUGAGGGAGAGUUGGAGAUUCCUAGGUCGAGGGCUGAAAUGUUGGAAGAAUUGGGGCUGGAUGAUGGUAAGUUUAUAUUUGAUAUAGAAGACGAGAUACCUCAGUCACCAGAGAAAGAUUAUGAGUUUGAAUAG